UCUUUUAAGUACUCUCUCUCUCUCUCUCUCUUACAUUUUUAAAAAUGCCUGUUGCCAGAAUUGCCACCAAUCCCCACAUUUCCUUCAUCACUGCCGAGAAGCUUGUCAAAGUUGCUCCUAACCUUGCCACCUGGGGUGCCGCUGCUGGUUCUGCUGUUCUACUUUUGGGUUCUGACAUCCCUUUGAUAAAGAAAGAUAUUUUAAGCAAGAUCCCCGUUGUUGGUAGCUACUGGGCUAUUGCCGAGCCUGAACAAGAAUAAAUAUGUUUAUAUUAGGAACAUAUUCUUCAACACUUCAUUAUUAAUUAAAUAGCCCGCGUUCUUCACCCCCACAAAUUGAAGAGCCACAGAAAAUAAUAAAAAAGUUUGUAGAAAUUGGAUAUGCAUUUUAUGGUCGAGAAUCGGGUUCAGGAGGUCCUAUUUUAACUCUGUAGGGUUAAUUUGGUUAUUGUGUGUGCGUGUGUGCGUAACAAAGAAGGGAUAUUACUUAAAGAGUAAUUUGAUGCGAGGGGCAUAAACACACACACACACACACACACACACACACACGCACACACACACGCA